AAGGCAGACUCCGGCAACGUCUUCGACGACCGGGGGUACUCAGGCCCAACUGUCCGCGGCGGCGUCAACCCCGUCACGCUCAUCGAGAAAGCCAUGCGCGAGCGCAUAAUCGAGUCCAUGUACUGGAAAGAGCAGCUCUUCGCCGUCAACGAAGCCAUGAUCUGCGACCGCGCCGUCUCCCUUACGCACGUCGGCGGCAGCGUGAACAACCGACCCACGCCCUUCAUAUGCAUUCUCCUGAAGCUGCUCAGUCUUGUGCCGUCAGAAGAGAUCAUCCUCGAGAUGCUCAACUACGAGGAGGAAGGCGACGAGGGCGAAGAGCCGGGAAGCGCAGACCCAGAACAAGAAUUACAGAAUGGCGAUACGAACGACAUCGAGAAAGAAAAAGCCGGCAAGAAGGGCUCCUUCAAGUACCUCCGCGCGCUCGCCGCUUUCUACGUCCGCCUCACCAUGGAGCCCGUGCAGGUCUACAAGACCCUGGAGCCCCUCCUCCUCGACCGCCGGAAACUAAAGUAUCGGAAGCAGGCCGGCUUCACGCUUACCUACAUUGACGAAUUUGUGGACAACUUGCUGACCCAGCCGCGCCUGUGCGGUACGAGUCUGCCGGCGCUGCCGCCGAGAAGCGUGCUGGAGGAUUUGGAUUUGCUGGAUCCGAGAGAGAGUCCGUUGGCGGAUGAGGUGGAGGAUAUGGAUUUAGAUGGGGAG